UCGCUUGUUGGUUUCGUGGCAGAGCGGCGUCGAGCGUUCUACAUCGGUCGUCAAAGCUCACUGGUGUUGUGGCCGGCUAGUCGGCCUGCCUACCCGUACAUCGGUCUUGUUGUUGUCGUCGUCAAGGGCUCCGUCCAUUUUGGAUAAACAUUACGUGUUCGACAAACGGUGAAUGUGAAGUUUCGACGAGUCUAUCUUCGACGCAAGAAACAUCGCAUGCGAAAAUGCCCACAAUCGUCCCUCGGUCAGUACCGGUGAAGAUCACCAGGGAUCGUUCCACGACCCCACCCUCACCACGACUGCUCAAUAUCCGGAGAUCGUCUCCGGUGGCGAGAUGUCUUUUCGGACCGCCAGAUAAGAAAGACACGCUGGAGUUCGCCCGUUUAGAGAUCCGCAAAGAGCAAGAGCGUCUCAUCGAGAAGUACAACUUCGACUUUCAAACCGAUACCCCGCUACCGGGAAACUUCGUCUAUGAGCCGAUCGACGACGUCCCGGAGUGUUUGCGGGACUCGAGGUCACCGAAGAAGAGCCCGGAAGAUGUCGCUCAACGGAAAAUCACCCAAUAUAUGGGAGUCAUGAAACCCUCGAAGCUGUCGUUGCGUAAACGGAGGCCAGACGAGGAGAUCCGUGACGAUCCUGUCAAAUCGCCUCGCGUGGAAAACGCCGCUUGAACGGUCCCUGACAACGAAUCGAUUGACGAUAGUCCUCGAAGUCGGUCAAAUCGAAAACAUGUUUACUGACACGUAAACUAAAUGGAAACAACUGUCACAAGAACAAAAACAACAACAACAGCGGCCACGACAACAACUAGGACGUCCCGAGCUGUGGGCAGUCAAUCGAUGCGGUUACCAAUAAUCCUGCGAUCUCGAAGGGACUCAUCUGUCUCUAGUCAACCCACCCUCGCAAUCUACGGAGUGAAAACUGUCGCGUCGCGAUGGACGAAGCUCCGCUCUGUACAUGAAUGCAUCAUAUUAGUCUGUAAGAGAAUCCGGGUCGGAAAACAGGAUAUCGUGUCCGGCAGUCACAAUGUAUAUACUUAGGCCGGAUAGGAGAGUAUUCGAUUUUUUUGCGCGCUGUAAAGGACCGACAAUCCACAAAGCCAAGCAUCCUAAUAUAUUUCUAACUUUAGUAGAGAUAGCCAACUGGACGACGGGCAGAGACGAAAGGGACUGGAUAAUCAUGUUGAAAUCGUUGUACAUUUCUCUCAUUUCAUCCCUGUCGAAAGUUUUUCCGACUCAUCGGAACGCAUAAUGAAAGUAUGAUUCGCUUCAAAGGAGCCCGUCGUCACUCCGUGUCGUUCGAGUAUCUGGAAGACGCCGCUCCAACGACUUGCAGAAAUGCUAGCGAAACCCCACACUGAUGUAUGAGGUGUGGUCAGAAAAUAAAUUAUUCAAUGUCGCUUCGCGAUCAUUUCCGAUUCCGGAAGGAACAACUAUUCGAAGGGGCUAAUCGUCGUGGAGCGCGUCUACGACUCGAGUGGACACGAUUGUACCGAUAUACGGAGACUGUAACAAGAAUAAACUACGCUGAGAAGAUAUUCUAUGAAA